UACCACGUAUAAAACGAGAAAUUAUAAAAUGACGACAAUAUUACCUUCGAUUACAAUCUCUGUCUAAACUGAUAGUUCACCUCAAUUAAGAUAAAGGAUGUGUUUCGUUGACUUUGCAAAAAGCCUGAUUGAUUCGAAGAAAUAAAGUAAUUUGACUGACAGUUAAUGAGUCAUUAAAUGACUCGAGCAUUUGUAACGGUAAUUUAUACCAGUGAUCUGAAAUUACUGAACACGUAUACACAGUCCGUUGUAUUUGUAUAAAAUGUCUGCGUAAUUGUCUGUUUAAUUAAUGAAAAAGUAAACACGAGAUAAAAGAAUAGAUUCAGUUCUUUUCCUGAAUAGAUUCAGAAUUUCUACAUCUUCGUAUGUAUAUAAGAUAUACUGGUUGACGUGUCCGCGGGCAUUUUAAACAAUCAUAAAUUUGAUUUGAAAAUUUGUACACAUUAAAAUGGAUUCCACAAAAGAGAAUUCUGUUGACAAUCCUGUGAAUGGAUAUAAAAAAGAAGACUUCAAGGAGAUUCAGAUACCAAUGCCAUGGGGUCAGAUCAGUGGAAAAUGGUGGGGUCCGAAAGAUCAGCAGCCUAUAGUGGCAAUACAUGGUUGGCAGGACAAUUCAGGAAGUUUUGACAACUUGGUACAAUUAUUGCCAUCAAACAUAGCUAUGCUGAGUAUAGAUCUGCCUGGUCAUGGCUUUUCUUCUCAUCUACCCUACGGACAAUUCUACUAUGUAUUUUGGGAUGGGGUUAUCACACUGCGUAGAAUUAUUAAAUAUUAUAAAUGGAACAAGGUAAAACUGCUUGGCCAUUCAUUGGGUGGUGCUAUAUCAUUUCUAUAUGCAGCAUCAUAUCCAGAUGAAGUUGACAGUCUCAUAAGCUUGGAUAUUGCUAGUCCAAGCGUAAGGGAUAUUACGAAAACAGUUACAAUAACUGGAGACUAUAUUGACAAAUUUCUGAAAUAUGAAGCAUUAACAUUGGAGAAUGUACCAUGUUAUAACUACGACGAUAUGAUUGACAUAGUGGAAAAAGCAUAUGAGGGUAAUAUAACAAGAGAAGGAGCAGAAAUAUUAAUGAAACGAGGCAUGCAACCAUCAUAUAAAAAGGGCAAAUAUUACUUUUCUCGUGACCCUCGACUAAAGGUGUCCAUCUUGGGCAUGUUCACACUAGAUUUAGUACUUGAAUAUGCAUCCCGCAUAAAAUGCGCAUACCUCAACAUUCGUGCUGUUCCUGGAAUGAAGUUUGAGCAACCCGAAAAUUAUCAAAAAGUAUUAGAUAACAUAAAAUUGGGAGCUAGAAAAUUUGAGUAUCACGAAGUGAAAGGUACUCAUCACGUGCAUUUGAAUGAACCUGAAAAGAUUGCGCCUAUUAUCAUAAAUUUUCUACAAAAUUAAUAAUAUUAUUUAGUUAUUAAUGAUAUCGUUACUUAAGAUUAAAUAGUUUCAGACAGAAUAACCAUUAUCAAAUUCUUUCAAAUCUAAAAUGCUGAUACAAAUUUA